GGAAAGCCGCAAUUCUGACGCGGGCUUCCUGAGACUAAGCUGCCGCCCCAGAGGCGGAUCAGAUUACAUACUUGAGCCCACUAGGAAUGGCAGCCCCAUCUAUGAAGGAAAGGCAGGCUUGCUGGGGAGCCCGGGAUGAGUACUGGAAGUGUUUAGAUGAGAACACAGAGGACGCUUCUAAAUGCAAAAAGUUACGAAGCUCAUUUGAAUCAAGUUGUCCCCAACAGUGGAUAAAAUAUUUUGAUAAAAGAAGAGACUACUUAAAAUUCAAAGAAAAAUUUGAAGCAGGAGAAUUCCAGCCUUCAAAAACAACUGCAGAGUCCUAAGGUGUUCCUGAACUUUUCAGAAAGGUUGAAACUGUUCUUUCUGGACAUUCAAAAAUGCUCCAUUGACUAUGGGACAAUAGUAGUUUGAAUCAUAGUAAACAUCAAUACUUAUUCCAUAUAUACAACUCUCAAUAAUUAAAAUGAUCAAGUAACAGAAGAUUCCAUCAAACUAUGAAGCAUUGAAAUAAAAUGGUAUGAAAUAUGCUUAGUUUUAAUUUCAUAAGAAUUCUAUAUUUUAAGAAAAUAAUUAAAGCCUAUUAUAAAAACACAUGUACUUUUCUUUUUGGGUGGAGGAGGGUAGUAGGCAAAUAUUAUCCAUCUAGAUACUGAGAACAGUAUUGUCAUUGUGUGUCCUGGGAUUAGCAUUUUUAUACAGGCACAAAAAAAUGAGGAUUGGCAGAAGCGUGAACUUAAAAUAUAUAGGUAAAAUAAUCAAGACCAUCUACA